UAUGAAAUCAAUCUGCUGGAACUGAUCAAGAAAAGAAGAGCACGCAUUGGAUAUUCAUUUAAGAAGGAUGAAAUUGAGAAUUCCAUUCUGCAUAGAGUCCAUAGCCUCUUCAACCGUGCUACAGGGAAAUGGAAAGAAGAUGUCCAGCUUUGGCUUUCACAUGUUGCAUUUUGCAAGCAGUGGAAUGCGAAACAUCAGCUUAGCAAGGUGUUUUCUUCCAUGUUGGCCAUUCAUUCCAAUAAACCAGCACUGUGGAUUAUGGCAGCAAAAUGGGAAAUGGAGACACAACUCUCAUCAGAAAGUGCUAGGCGCUUGUUCCUUCGUGCUUUGCGCUUCCAUCCAGAGUGCCCAAAACUUUACCAAGAAUAUUUCAGAAUGGAGCUGAUGCAUGCUGAAAAACAGAGGAAGGAAAAGAAAGCAUUUGAACAAGCAAAGAUGGACUUGGGGGAAUUCAAUUAUUCCGAAGAGAUUCUCAAUGGGGAAAUGGCUCGCAUAAUCUACAGGGAUGCUGCUCAGAAAAUUAAAGGUGUUGAAUUCCAUCUGGCUGUGCUGUCUAUUGCAAAGCUCUUCGAUUUUACCCAAGAUUUGCAAAAAGAAAUUCUCGAAAGUCUGCAGGCCAAGUAUGCUGAUGACCCUCUUACAUGGGACUACCUGGCCCGUCGUGAGCUGGAGCUGGGGUCCCUGCAGUCCACAGGACACACCACAAAACAGAUGAAAGUAUCCGAAAUGACCCAGAGAGAGGAGCGGUGCUGUGCGGUCUUUGAAGAGGCUGUGAGAGCAGUCCCAACAGAGGACAUAUGGAAAUGCUACAUCACUUUUUGUUUAGAGAGAUACAACAGGAAAACCAACAGUGAAGAUUUAAAACAAAAGAGGCUGGAGAGGACACUGAGUGUGUUCAGCAAAGCCCAUGAGUCCAGUUUGCUGCCAGAAGCUCUCUAUAAGCAGUGGCUUCAACUGUUGCUGGAGUCCAACCUCUUUGAGAAGGCUACGGAGGUGGCAGAAGCUGCAACGAAGCGCUUCAGCCUUUCACUGGAAACUUGGCAGAUGAGGCUGCAGGUGCUGAUCCAACUGAAGAGUGACGAGGUGACCCAGUGUUUUGAAGAAGCCGUUAAGCACGUGAAAUCUAAGGGCACUUUGCCACUAUGGACCCUCUGGGUGGAAUGGAGUGAAGGCACAAACAGCAAGGAAGACACAGAAGCUCUCUACCGGAGAUCCUUACAUGCCACAUUGACUAUGAAAGAAAAGUAUCUUGACUGGACUUACAGGAAUGGUGGUUAUAAGAAAGUUAAGAGAGUCUUUACCAGCCUGUGUGAAAAUCGUCCAUUUUCACUUGACUUCUUCAGGAAGAUGAUCCAAAUAGAAAAGGAGCAAGAAUGCUGCAAAAUGCUUCAUCUGAGAGAAUACUACGAACGUGCCUUGAGAGAGUUUGGUUCAACAGAUUCUGAUCUCUGGCUGGAUUAUAUCAAAGAGGAGCUAAGUCAUCCCCAAGGCAAACCAGAGAACUGUGGGAGCAUUCACUGGCGAGCCAUGAAGAUGUUGCAGGGAGACCUGGUGGAAGACUUUGUUUCCAAAUACACUUUAUUGCAAACUGGACAUUUGUGAAAAACUAUAAAUAGUUACAACAUGACAGUGUGGAUUUAUUUUUUAAGUUCUUUGUACAAAGGUAAAUACGUACCUGGAUCGUAUUAAAGUGUACCACCUUUACGUUCUUGCCUAUGUGGAAAAAA